ACCUUUACUAUCAAAAGGCUUUACUAUGGGAAUUAAUAUAAGGAAAAAAGGCAUAGGCUACAGGGUUUUGGAGUAUCACACUUAUUAUUUUACUUAUAAAAAUGUAUUUCCGGGACUUUAUUGAAUGUAAGCGGAUACUGGAAGCCAUUUGGUGUCCUCUGACUUUACUAAUCUCUGUGAUAAGUGUAUAAGGACCCGUAUUGCUUUGAUUUAAUAAUAACAUGGAGUACUAUACAUUAUGCCUGCACUUUCAACCUUUUGUUUACUGAUUAUCCCAGCGCACACUCAUAGGGGUUAACAAAGGUCCUUAUCAGUAGUAGCAGCCUGGCUAUGUUGUAAUAUCAGCCAGCAGAGUAAGGAAGCCAGUGACCUUUGUCUGGACAUAUUGCCAGUGCUGGAGCUCUCUCCGUUGACAGCCUUUGAGUUCUGCUGUGAAUGUGAACACGUAUUACCUGUCCUGCCUGUGCUAGAGAGGCACUCCCCGCUGUAUUACACUCCAUUCCCGCACAACAAGAGGCCCAGCCAUGCAGCUCCCUGAGCCGGCGGGGGCCAUGCUCCUCUCUCUCACCGCUAUUCCGGUCUCCUACCUAGUAAACUCCCUGUCUGCAGCGUCUGACCCCACCUUUAUAGCCGGAAUGGGUGUCUUAGUGCUGCUUGCUCUGUGGUUCGUUUCAUUUUACCUUGUCCAAGGAAAUCCUCCUCAGGAUCCACUGUUCUAUGUGUUUGCCGUUUUCUCAUUCACAAGCAUCAUUGAUUUGAUAAUAUGGCUGGAGGAGGAAGGCUAUAUCCGUGGUUUUAUGGAGUUUUAUAUGAAAGAGGGGGAGCCAUAUCUCCGCACUGCCCAUGGGCUCCUCAUCUGUCUUUGGGAUGGAACUGUGCAUUAUAUUCUUUACCUGGCUAUGUUGGUAGCAAUCGCUCAAGGGAAGAACUACAAGCCAGUAGGUCUGUUCUGGCUGGGCUCUCUCCUCAUGAGUAUGCUCAUCUUUCUCCCUGGAAAUGUGAUCGGGAAAUAUGGAUCAGAAAUCCGUCCAGCAUUUCUGCUCAAUGUCCCAUACUUACUGCUCCCCAUCUGGGCUGGGGUGAGAAUAUUUCGUGGGUGUUAUUCUUUCCCCAAAUUCCCUGCUGAUAAGGUGGAGGCGGCGCACAGAGAAGGCAUCUUUCAACGUCCCUUAGACAUUGCACUUAUCAUCUACCUUUUGGGAGCCAUCGUGUUCACUGUCUUCAGGGGCUUGGUGGUCCUGGAUUGCCCUUCUGAUUCGUGCUUCACUUACAUUUACCAGUAUGAGCCAUACCUGAGAGAUCCAGUGGCUUACCCAAAGGUUCAGAUGCUAGUGUGUUUGUUCUACCUGCUUCCUUUUCUCUGUCUGGCUAUCUAUGGUUUGUUGACGCCCGGAUGCACGUGGAUGUUGGACUGGACAUUGGUCUGUGCAGGGGCUGUUGCGCAGGCUCAGUUUGCUCACAUGGGAUCUUCACUUUAUUACCGAACCCCCUAUACUUAUCGUGUCCCCAAUGAUGCCUGGUGGGCUUUUGUUAUCUCUAACAGCCUGUAUACCCUGGGACCUCAACUCUUGGCCUAUCGCUGUCUACGGAGCCCAGCAUAUUUCUUACAGGUUACUACCCAGUCUGCAGAGGAUGGCAAAAAACAGGAUUAGCUAGAGAGUGAGCAGAGGACUUUGGGGACUGCUCUCCUAAACUGACUGCAGUUUAUAGAAUUUCCUAAUUUUUUGGAGCAUUGUGAUAGACUUGUCCAGCAUAUGUUUUUUUGUACUCCAGGAUUCCUGUUGGAGCCUAAUUAGAUUAUGCUGGUCCUUUAAAGGGCACUACUUGGAUGCUGUUGCGCUUGGCAGAACCUUCUUGUUAAACACGAGUAUUGGCUGUUUUGUUGUGGAAUUCCUGGUUUUCAGAUAGACCUCUGUUUCCAGUUCAUUAUUUUUCAGUUUUAGUUUUUUUGUUUACAUUAAUGUAGUAUAUAUUAACUUCAUUGAUAUAAAUCUCUUCAAUGAGAGCUUCAUUCUGUUUCAAUCUGAUUUCCUUCUUGUUUUUUUGGACCAAAAGAAGCUCCUACUGGCAGCUGCCAAUCAUAAAGAUGACACCGUUCUGUUCACUUGGAUGAAAGCUUACUUUCCAGUGAGAAAACAAAUGCACCAAUUAUUAUUUUAGGCGCUUUACAUUGCAAGCACAGAUCUUUUUAUGCGUGUGAAUUGGUUUCAUAAAAUAACAUGGUAACUGUGUCUUCACUGUGGAGACACUGCAUAUAGCUCACCUGUAUUCUUCUAUCUAUAGUUUGGUUAUAUAUUUAUCGUAAUGUCAUUUUUAGCAGUCACAAUUUUUUUUAUACAAUUUGAUAGCCAUAUGUUGUCAUUUUGUAUAAACUUGUCCAAAGAAGCUACAGUAGCUAAAAUAUAAUGGGGUAUAUAAUGUUCCAGUUAAAAAAGUGUACAAACACUUAUCUACAAUAUUUUCUACAAAAUUCUUCAUUAAAGUGAAAUAUAAUGUAGGCUUUUAUAUUUAUAUCUUGCUGAGAUUUAUCCACACAGCUCAAUUCAAGGCUACUGUAUAGUUCUAUUAAAAAAUGAGACAUUUGAGUCAUAGUAAAACAUAAUAUUCCCUGAACUGGAAGUUAGUCCUUCUUUAAAUAAAAUAGUUAAACUGACCAUGUUUUCUUCUGGAGCAAAAAUCUUUUUUUGAAAACUGCAACUGCCUGUACAUCCUAAAAUAAAUGUGAGCUAUGUUUACAACAUUU